UAUAUAUCAUGGAAAAUGACUAGAAUAGAAGCAUGUGUAGGUCGUGAGGAACAUAGGUUGAAGCUGGACUCGCCAACAAGGCAUAAGAUUUGCUUUGGGAUAGCGAGGGGUUUGGCCCAUCUACAUGAAGAAUCAAGGCUGAAGAUUGUUCAUCGAGAUAUAAAGGCAACCAAUGUUCUGCUUGAUAAGGAUCUUAAUACUAAGAUAUCUGACUUUGGUUUGGCUAAGCUUGAUGAAGAGGAAAACACCCACAUCAGCACUAGAAUAGCUGGAACCAUAGGAUAUAUAGCUCCUGAAUAUGCAAUGAGGGGUUACUUGACUGACAAAGCAGAUGUUUACAGCUUCAGAGUCGUUUUGCUGGAGAUUGUCAGUGGGACAAGCAACACGAAUUGCAUGCCAAAGGAAGAUUUUGUUCAUCUUCUUGACUGGGCCUAUGUGCUACAAGAACAGGGAAGUCUCCUAGAUCUUGUAGACCCGAGCCUCGGAUUAGACUACUCUGAGGAAGAGGCAUUGAGGAUGCUGAAUUUGGCUCUCUUAUGCACCAACCCGUCUCCUAGCUUGAGGCCAGCAAUGUCUGCUGUGGUUAGCAUGCUUGAAGGGAAAAUAGAAGUGCCAGCCGCACUUGUGAAGCGGAGUUCGAGGAGUGAGAAUUUGAGGUUUAAGGCCUUUGAGAAGCUUUCUCAAGACAACCAAACACGGAGCACAUCAACGGAUGGCACAUCUCUUUAUUCCUUGGGAUCUCUUCAUAGCAUGGAGGGAGGGAGUGGGGUCCAUCAUUCAACGGUCAAACCUCUCCUCCAUCACUUGGAUAGUGAUGAAAACUGAGUGACGCUAGGAUGAGAGGUUGGAGCGAGCACCAAUUGUCCUACAUUCCGCAUCAAGAGAAAUGGAGAAAUGCUCACAUGCUAGUUGUAAACGGGGCCACCCACCGUGCUGUUUGUAUGACAUCCAACCAGUCCAAAAAGGUCGAUUCACCAUCAAAAUGGGAUGCCCCAGGUAUCAUGUGGGCCACACCAUAGAAAACAAUGAACAACCACCCAAAACCAACCCAUUCAUGUGGCACCUAUCUAAUCCAAAGCUUAUGUAAACCAUGAAUGUUUCAAUGGUAGGCAUACAAUCACCACUGUUUUCUGUUGUGUGGCCCACCUGAGGUUUGAAUAUGCCUCAUUUUUGGGCUAAUGCCAUAAAAUGAUUUGGAAAAACAUGUGGACAAGAUGGAUUUCUCACAAACGCCAUGGUGGCUCCACCUAGCUUCAGAUCCGAGGAAAUUGAC